AUGUCGGGAUACCCAGGCGGUGGCGCCGGGCAUUACGAAGAUGGCUACGGCCAUCAGGAUGCCCAAGGCCAUCCUGAUGCCCACGGCGAUGGCUACUACCAGGACGACCAGCAGUACCAAGACUAUGGACACCAGCAAGAUGGUGCUGCCCGUGGCCACGAUGGCUACUACGACGAAUCUGGCUACUACAACGCCGACCCCAACAACCCUUACCACCAGGACGGUGGCUACUACGACGGCCACGACCAGUACCGCGACGACUACUACGAUGGACAGCAAGGUGGCGCUCCUGGUGGUGGCUACUACGACGAGUACAACCAGCAAGGCCAGCGCGGUCGCCAUGGAUCUGAGGAGGACUCUGAGACCUUCAGCGAUUUCACUAUGAGGUCUGACAUGGCCCGAGCUGCUGAGAUGGACUACUACGGUCGUGGUGACGAACAGUACGCCUAUGGAGAUGGCCAAGGCGAUGGUCAAGGCGGUGGCCGUGGCUACCGUCCUCCCUCCUCCCAGUUCUCAUAUGGUGGCAAUCGUUCUUCAGGUGCCUCCACCCCCAACUAUGGCAUGGACUACGGAAAUGUCCUGCCCGCCGGUCAGCGGUCUCGUGAACCCUACCCGGCCUGGACUGCGGAUGCUCAGAUCCCCAUGUCGAAGGAGGAGAUUGAGGAUAUCUUCAUGGACCUCACCGCCAAGCUCGGCUUCCAGCGCGACAGCAUGCGCAAUAUGUACGACCAUUUGAUGACUCUUCUUGACUCCAGGUCGUCACGAAUGACCCCUAACCAGGCUCUGCUGUCCCUCCAUGCCGACUACAUUGGUGGCGAGAAUGCAAACUACCGCAAGUGGUACUUCGCCGCUCACCUGGAUUUGGAUGAUUCUGUUGGCUUCGCCAACAAGUCAGGCGCAUUCUCCAAGCGCAAGAAGAAGAGUAAGAAGAAGAAGGGAGCAAACCAAGAGGGCAGUAACGAAGAGGAGACUCUGCAGGACCUUGAGGGUGACGAGAGUCUCGAGGCUGCCGAGUACCGAUGGAAAACCCGCAUGAACAAGAUGACCCAGCAUGAGCGUGUACGUCAGAUCGCUCUAUAUCUUCUGUGCUGGGGUGAGGCCAACCAGGUCCGAUUCAUGCCCGAGCUCCUGUGCUUCAUCUUCAAGUGCGCCCAUGACUACCUCGUUUCACCUGCCUGCCAGGCCCUCACGGAACCUGUCGACGAAUUCACAUUCCUCAACAAUGUCAUCACUCCUCUCUACCAGUUCGUUCGUGACGAGUGUUAUGAGAUCCUUGAUGGACACUACGUUCGUCGCGAGCGUGACCACAAGGACAUUAUUGGCUACGACGACUGCAAUCAACUUUUCUGGUACCCGGAGGGUAUUGAGCGCAUCGUCCUCAAUGACAAAACCAAGCUCAUUGACUUCCCACCCGCUGAGCGUUACCUAAAGCUGAACGAAGUCAACUGGAAGAAGUGUUUCUUCAAGACAUACAAAGAGUCUCGUUCUUGGUUCCACCUUCUUGUCAACUUCAACCGUAUCUGGGUCAUCCAUCUGACAAUGUUCUGGUUCUACACGGCCUACAACGCUCCGACCCUGCUCCUCUGGGGCAAGUACGAGCAGCAAGUCAACAAUCAGCCCCCAUCUUACCAGAUGUUCUCCAUUGUCGCCUUUGGUGGUGCAUUCGCCUCUUUCAUCCAAAUUACAGCCACACUCGCGGAGUGGGCGUACGUCCCCCGUCGCUGGGCCGGUGCCCAGCAUCUGACUAAGCGACUGCUCUUCCUGCUUUUCGUCUUCGUCCUCAACUUUGCCCCCGGCAUUAAGGUGUUCGCUGCGCCGACGAAGAUCAAGGAUGGACCUAACAUUGACUUGAUCAUCUCCAUUAUCCACUUCGUCAUUGCUCUCAUAACAUUUGCCUUCUUCUCCGUCAUGCCUCUUGGUGGUCUCUUUGGUAGCUACCUGACCAAGAACUCCAGGCAGUACGUGGCUAGCCAGACUUUCACUGCUAGCUGGCCUAAGCUUCGCGGAAGCGACAUCGCUAUGUCUUAUGGUCUCUGGGUCGUGGUUUUUGGUCUGAAGUUUGGCGAGUCAUACGUCUAUUUGACGUUGUCCUUCCGUGACUCCAUGCGAUACCUCCAGAUAGCCAAUGUCGACAGCUGCCAGGGCGAUGAGACGCUAAUGGGCAACUCCCUCUGCAAAUGGCAGCCCGCUAUCCUGCUCGUCUUCAUGGGUAUCACCGAUGUCAUCUUUUUCUUCCUGGACACCUACCUCUUCUACGUCCUGCUCAACACUGCCUUCUCUCUGGCUCGCUCGUUCUAUCUGGGUUCGUCGAUUCUUACGCCCUGGCGUAACGUCUUCUCGCGUCUCCCUAAGCGAAUUUACUCCAAGAUCCUUGCGACUACGGACAUGGAGAUCAAGUACAAGCCCAAGGUCCUCAUCUCUCAGAUUUGGAACGCUAUCGUCAUCUCCAUGUACCGCGAGCAUCUCCUGGCCAUUGACCACGUCCAGAAGCUUCUCUACCACCAGGUUCCUUCUGAGCAGGAGGGCAAGCGAACGCUCCGUGCUCCCACUUUCUUCGUCUCGCAGGAAGACCACUCAUUCAAGACUGAGUUCUUUCCCAGCCACAGCGAGGCUGAGCGCCGUCUCUCCUUCUUCGCCCAGUCGCUGUCGACACCCAUUCCUGAGCCUCUGCCCGUCGACAACAUGCCGACAUUCACUGUCAUGAUCCCUCACUACAGUGAGAAGAUUCUCCUCUCUCUGCGUGAGAUCAUUCGCGAGGACGAGCCCUAUUCUCGUGUUACCCUCUUGGAAUACCUGAAGCAGCUCCACCCCCAUGAGUGGGACUGCUUUGUCAAAGACACGAAGAUUCUCGCUGAUGAGACGUCUCAGAUGAAUGGCGAACCUGAUGCCAAUGAGAAGGGUACUGCCAAGAGCAAGAUUGACGACCUCCCAUUUUACUGCAUCGGUUUCAAGUCUUCUGCUCCGGAGUACACCCUCAGGACGCGUAUCUGGGCUUCUCUCCGCUCUCAGACCCUGUACCGUACCAUUUCUGGUUUUAUGAACUACAGCCGUGCCAUCAAGCUCCUCUACCGUGUCGAGAACCCCGAAGUCGUCCAGAUGUUUGGUGGUAACUCUGACAAACUCGAGCGCGAGCUCGAACGUAUGGCCCGUCGCAAGUUUAAGCUUGUUGUCUCCAUGCAGCGAUACUCCAAGUUCAAGAAGGAGGAGAUGGAGAAUGCCGAGUUCCUCCUCCGUGCCUACCCUGACUUGCAAAUUGCCUACCUCGACGAGGAGCCUCCUGUCGCCGAGGGUGAAGAACCUCGUCUGUAUUCUGCCAUUAUCGACGGCCACUCUGAACUCAUGGAGAACGGCAUGCGUCGCCCCAAGUUCCGGAUCCAGCUCUCUGGAAACCCUGUCCUUGGUGACGGCAAAUCGGAUAACCAGAACCACUCCAUCAUCUUCUAUCGUGGAGAGUACAUCCAGCUCAUCGAUGCCAACCAGGACAAUUACCUCGAGGAGUGCUUGAAAAUUCGCAGUGUUCUCGCUGAGUUCGAGGAGAUGAAGAACGACAAUCUCAACCCCUAUACGCCUGGUGUCAAGUACGAGGGUGAUGCCCCCGUCGCUAUCCUCGGUGCUCGCGAGUACAUUUUCUCGGAGAACAUCGGUAUCCUUGGUGACGUUGCUGCAGGAAAGGAACAGACAUUCGGUACUCUAUUCGCCCGUACCAUGGCUCAAAUUGGUGGCAAGCUCCAUUACGGUCAUCCUGAUUUCCUCAACGGUAUCUUCAUGACUACUCGUGGUGGCGUAUCCAAGGCUCAGAAGGGUCUGCACCUGAAUGAGGAUAUUUUCGCUGGUAUGACUGCUCUUCUCCGUGGUGGUCGCAUCAAGCAUUGCGAGUACUACCAGUGCGGUAAGGGUCGUGAUCUUGGUUUCGGUUCCAUCCUCAACUUCACCACCAAGAUUGGUACGGGUAUGGGUGAGCAGAUGCUCUCUCGUGAGUACUACUACCUCGGUACCCAGCUCCCUCUCGACCGUUUCCUUUCUUUUUACUAUGCACACGCCGGCUUCCACAUCAACAACAUGUUCAUUAUCCUGUCUGUCCAAAUGUUCAUGAUUGUCUUGAUCAACCUUGGUGCGCUUCGUCACGAGACGGUCAAGUGCGACUACGACCGAAAGGUACCUAUCACUGAUCCCAUCUUCCCCACUGGCUGCGUCAAUACCCCGGCUCUCAUGGAUUGGGUCUAUCGCUCUAUCAUGUCCAUUUUCUUCGUCUUCUUCCUGUCUUUCGUGCCCUUGAUUGUCCAGGAGCUCAUGGAGCGUGGAGUCAUGCGUGCGGCCACUCGGUUUGCAAAGCAGCUUUGCUCUAUGUCACCUUUCUUCGAGGUGUUCGUCUGUCAGAUCUACGCGAACUCUGUCCAGCAGGAUCUGUCUUUUGGUGGUGCCCGCUACAUUGGUACCGGUCGUGGCUUCGCCACAGCCCGCAUCCCCUUCGGUGUCCUGUACUCGCGCUUUGCUGGUCCGUCGAUCUACUUUGGCGCUCGUCUUCUGAUGAUGCUCCUUUUUGCCACCGUCACAAUCUGGCAGGCUGCGCUGACUUAUUUCUGGAUUACUCUGCUUGGUCUUACAAUCUCGCCCUUCUUGUACAACCCUCAUCAGUUUGCCUGGAGUGACUUCUUCAUCGACUACCGCGACUUCCUUCGUUGGCUGUCUCGUGGUAAUUCGAGGUCGCACAGCUCCUCGUGGAUCGGGUUCUGCCGCCUAUCGCGUACCCGCAUCACUGGAUACAAACGCAAGGCCCUCGGUGACCCCUCGGCCAAGAUGGGUGCUGAUGUGCCCCGCGCUGCCAUCACCAACCUUUUCUUCAGCGAGAUCUUUGCCCCUCUCUUCAUGGUUGUUGCCACUGGUCUCCCUUAUCUCUUCAUCAACGCCCAAACUGGCGUGCUUCCGGAGAACAACGACGAUGAAGAGAUUUCUCCAACGGCCAGCCUGGUCCGUCUUCUCGUUGUUGCCUGUGCUCCUAUCGCCAUCAACGCUGGCUGCCUCGGCAUGAUGUUCUUCAUGGCUUGCUUUAUGGGCCCUCUCCUGUCGAUGUGCUGCAAGAAGUUUGGUAGCGUUCUCGCCGGUAUUGCUCACGGUGUUGCUGUCGUCUGCAUGCUCAUCUUCUUUGAGGUUAUGUUUGUCCUGGAAAGCUUCAGCUUCGCUAGAACACUGUCCGGCAUGAUUGCUGUCGUCGCUAUCCAGAGAUUUAUCUUCAAGCUCAUCGUGUCGCUCACACUCACGCGUGAGAUGAAGACGGAUCAGUCCAACAUUGCCUUCUGGACCGGUAAAUGGUACUCGAUGGGUUGGCAUUCGGUCUCGCAGCCCGCUCGUGAAUUCCUCUGCAAGAUUUCGGAGCUUAGCAUGUUUGCUGGCGACUUCAUCCUUGGCCACUGGCUGCUGUUUAUGAUGAUGCCGUUUGUCUCUUUCCCAAAGAUGGACAUGCUGCACUCUAUUAUGCUCUUUUGGCUUCGCCCCAGCCGUCAAAUCCGACCUCCUAUUUACACAAUGAAGCAGUCGAAGCUGAGGCGUCGUCGUGUCAUCCGUUUCGCCAUACUCUACUAUGUCAUGCUUGUUGUCUUCCUCGCGCUUGUAGUCGGGCCCUCUGUUGCCGGCAAAAAGCUUGACAUGACCUCGCUCUCGGACACAAUUGACGGCUUCGGCUUCCGUCUUGUCCAGCCCAACGGCCAGGACCAUGACAACACCAACGGAACGUCACAGACGGGUACUGGCAACCCUGACUACACAGGCAUAUACCAGGCCUCCACCUCUGGCGGCUCUGGAUCCACAGGCAAGGUCAGGCUCUUCUAA